GCCCCAGCACUGGUGAAGUUGUUAAGUGACUAUAACCAGUGCCAUUUCCUGUUAUCUUUGCAAAUACUGACUUUUUUUAGAAUUUCAGGAGAUUGCAGCAUCCUGCUGUUCAGUUUCUGAGAGCCUUACUAACUUAUCUUCUUACUCAAACAAAAUCAGUCCUGCUUCCUGCAUUGCUGACAAUCUGAAGAUCUGGACACAGCUGAAGAAAUUGUCAGGGAGGUUCAUCAAUAAUUUGAGAGAUGGUGAAUGAAUACAAGAAAAUUGUUCUGCUUAAAGGAUUAGCAGUCAUCACUGAGUAUCAGUUUAGCUUACUUAAGUCCUUACUGGCCAGUGAUUUAAAACUGACCAGAAGAAUGCAAGAUGAAUACGACAGAGUUAAGAUUGCUGACUUGAUGGAAGAUAAGUUUCGAAGUGAUGCUGGUUUGAGCAAAUUGAUUGCAUUGUUCAAAGAGAUACCAACACUUGAAACAGUUGCUGUAACUCUUAAAGAUGAGAAGUCAAAAGCAAAAGGGAAAGCAACAAUGAAAAAAAAUAAGCAAGAAGUACGUUCUGCUAUACCUACAUCUACCACAAGCAACACUCUCACAGCAGGAGUGGAGGAGACUCCCAAAACUCAGAAAAGAAAAAGUGAAAAUAAAGAAAAGACUGGAACCAAAAAGAAGAAGGUGCUUGAGGAGCAGGCUCAUCUUCCUGGUCCUGCACAAGCUAGCACAUCUACAGCCAUGGGCCAAUCCUCACUUCCCCAGGUUUCAUCAUCAGCUCCAUCCAGCACUUCCUCAACUGAGAAUCAGAAUACCCAGGCCCAAAAUCAGACGACUGCCAGAAGAAGUGUUCUCAUGAAGGGCCCAUUGGUAGUGAUGGUUCUGAAAGCAACAGAACCAUUUGAAUUUGAGUCUUCUGAAGGGGUGAAAAGCAGAAUGUUUCAUGCUACGGUGGCUACUGAAAGCCAGUUUUUCCAAGUGAAGGUUUUCAAUGUCGACCUGAAAGAGAUGUUUACAAAAAACAAGAUCAUUGAGAUCACUAAUUGCUUUGAGAACAAAGGAAUCCUGGAGAUAAAUGAAGCAUCACUUGUGUUUGAAGCUGGUCACAAAAAGAUUGAGGUCCCUAAUGGUGUCAUCAAAAGAGCAAAUGAAACUCCCAAGAUUGAUCAUCUUUACAAGGGAGCAUCUGGAACAAUGGUGUAUGGGUUGUUCAUGUUACACAAGAAAAAAGUGAACAAGAAGAACACAAUCUAUGAAAUACAAGAUAAUACAGGAAAAAUAGAUGUGGUGGGGAAUGGAAAAUGGCACAAUAUCAAGUGUAAGGAAGGAGAUAAACUUCGACUCUUCUGCUUCCAAACAAGAAGAAUUGCUAGGGAGCAGAAGCUGGUAUCUGGAAGUCACAGUUUCAUUAAGAAACCAAGAGUGACUGCUGUACCUAAGGAACCUUCCAAUGAAUGUGGCUACCAUAGGGAAUGCAAAGAAGUGAUGGUGUUGAAAGCAACAAAGCCAUUUAUAUAUGAGUACCUAGAAGGGGAGAGAAGUAUGUUUCAUGCCACAGUGGCUACUGAGAAGGAAUUCUUCCGAGUGAAAGUUUUUGACAUCAGUCUGAAGGAGAAGUUCAUCCCAAAUAAGAUCAUUACCAUAUCAGAUUAUAUCGGUCGUAAUGGAUUCCUGGAGAUCUACAGCCUCUCCUGUGUGGAUUUUGCGAGCCCUGACCAAAAAAUGAAUAUCCCAAUUUCACUGAAGCAAAAUGCCAAUGCAAAUCCUAAAAUCAAGUAUCUUUGCUCACAAACUAAAGGAAAAUGUGUGGAUGGAGUGUUUUUGGUCCAUAAGAAAACUGUAAGGAGAGGAUGUACAUACUAUGAAAUACAAGAUAAUACUGGGAAGAUGGAAGUAGUGGUGUAUGGACGACUGACCAAUAUUGACUGUGAAGAAGGCGAUAAACUUAAACUCUUCUGCUUUGAAUUGGCCUUUAGCACCGACAAGUGCCAGUUGAGAUCUGUAAUUCACAGUUACAUUGAGGUGAUCAAGGCCAGGAAAAGCAGGACAAAAAACUCUCAAUCCUGUUUCAAAUACGGAAACUUCACUAACACCUCCUUCGCAAAAGCCUGGAUGCCAGGCUGGGGAUGUAAAUAAGUGGCAGAGUGCUUGCCUAUUGUAUACAAGAACAUGGGCUUGAUCCUCUGCACCAUAAAAAAAUAUAUGAAGAAAAAUUGAUGCCACCGAUUACAACAUUUAUGGAGAUAAGAUACAAGUACACACACACAAAAAAAAAAAAAAACCUGGCUGCAAGAGUGGCUGAAGUGCCAGAGCCCCUACCCAGCCACAAGGCCUUGAGUUUAAUCCCCAUUACUGCCUCCUCAAAAAUAAAACAAGUAUAAAGAUCAGUUCUUAAUUCUAGAGAAUAGGAUCUUAGUGUUACUUUUUACUUCACUUUUUAUACUUCUUUGUAUUUCAUAAAUUCCACAUUUUGCAUCUAGAACUUCUACAAUUUGAAUAAACUUUUUGUAAA